AUGGAAACAUCGGUUGAUCCAAGCUUAUGCUCAACCUGUAAUAAACCUUCGGCUAAAUACUGUUGUACUGGAUGUAAAAAAUACUUUUGUCCGAAGGAUUUCAGACAACAUGAACAGCAACUAGCAAUAAAAUUCGAUGAUGAAAUAGUUAGAUCACAUGAUGAACUUCUUGAACAAAUAUACAAAUUAGAAAAAUCAAAUCAUUUUUCAUUGGAUAUGUUUGAUCGAAUUGAAAAAUGGAAGAAAACAACAAUUAGUAAAGUCGAAAAAGCAGCAGAAAAAGCUCAUCAUGAACUCAGUGAACUAAUUGAUAAACAAAGAAUAGUAAUUACAAAACAACUUGAACCAAUCACACAAGAAAUUCGUUCUCGUCGAGAAGAAGAGAAUUUUGUUGAGAAUGAUAUUGAUCGACUUAGACGAAAAAUUAAUGUACUUGAUCAAACACUUAAACAAUUUCUGCGAAACGAUAUAACUAAAAGUAUCAUUAUUAAUAAUGAUCAAAUUAAUUGGAAUCGACUCAUCUACAUUCGAGGAAUGAAAGACGAACAACAGAACUUAUCAUUAGUAUGUACUGCAAAUUUGAAUUCGGCUCUGACAUGGAUAUAUGAUAGUGUAACCGUAGCUGGAGGAAAUGGCGAAGGCAAUAAAAUGAAUCAACUCAAAACUCCAUGGGGUUUGUGUGUUGAUGAUGAUCAAACUGUCUACAUUGCAGACUGUUCGAAUCAUCGUAUCAUGGAAUGGAAACAUGGUGCAAUUGCUGGUGGAGUUAUGGCCGGUGGAAACCGUUCUAGGCAGUUAAAUAGUCCAAGAGAUGUGAUCAUAGACAAGGAAAGAAAUUGUUUCAUUAUUUGUGAUUAUAAUAAUCAAAGAGUACUUCGAUGGCCUCGUCAAAAGGGUGCAAAUGGAGAAACGAUCAUCUCAAAUGUUCGAUGUCAUGGUUUAACAAUGGACGAUCGUGGAUUUUUGUACGUCGUUGAUGAAGAUAACCAUGAAGUCAGACGAUAUCGAAUGGGCGAAAGUCAAGGAACAGUGAUUGCGGGUGGAAAUGGACAAGGGAAUGAUCUCAAUCAGUUAUCCAAUCCGACAUACGUAUUUGUCGAUCAAGACCAUUCAGUUUUUGUAUCAGAUACGAACAAUCAUCGAGUGAUGAAAUGGAGAGAGGGUGCGAAGCAAGGUAUUGUUGUGGCUGGUGGUCAAGGCCAAGGAAGUAGUCUAACACAAUUAUCAUAUCCGUAUGGAAUCGUCGUAGAUCAGUUAGGUACUGUCUAUGUGGCUGAUUGUUUGAAUAAUCGCAUCAUGCGUUGGUUUCAAGGAGGCACACAGGGAAAUGUUUUCAUUGGUGGAAAUGUUGCAGGCACUCAACUGAAUGAACUCUAUGGUCCAGUCUGUUUGUCACUUGAUCGAAAGGGCAAUCUCUACGUGAGUGAGAACAGAAAUCAUCGAGUACGAAAAUUCAACAUUAAACGACUGUGA